CACGGAUGAGCCGUACGAGCUUCCGUUUGUUGAGAAAUAUCACGAUUCUCGGUCCACCUGGAAGUGGCAAAGGAUCUUAUGGUAGGCCAAUUGCCAAGAAAUGGCAGGUGCCUAUUCUUACGGCCUCGACCAUCCUUCGAAAUGCAGCACACGCCGAAAUAGAUCUUGAUUCGGGGAGGCUUGUCGAUUGUGAAAUCGUGACAAGCUACAUUUUUGAAUACCUUUGUCAGUCAUCGAUGCACAAACAGCCUUUCAUGAUCGAUGGCUUCCCCCGAACCUUACUUCAAAUCCAGCUGAUGAGAGAGUGGCCAAUAGAGAAACAGGUACAUGUCGCCCUUCAGCUCGAUGUACCAGACUUUGUUUGCGAAGCUAAAAUGCUGGGUAGACGGCACUGCGAGCUUUGCAACGGACAAUUCAAUACGGCCGCAGUCUAUCGCCAAGGGUUUAAUCUCCCUCCACAGAUGCCCGACAGUUGUGAUCGGUGCAUUCCGGAUCGAAAUUGGACCUCUCGUUUGGAUGACACUCCCGCGAUCGUGAAAGAGAGGCUACAGAUCCAUGGAGAGCAUCAAAAACCAAUUACCGACUACUUCGCAAUCAAUGGGCGUCUUCUCAAGUUUCGACCCUACAACGGCAUGCAGGAUAUACACAAAAUGCGAGAGUCAACUGAGCAAUGGCUGACGUCUCUGAAGUUUGACUAGAUUUUUUCACAAUUAGUCAGCGAAUGAUUCGCAGGUUGUGCUUUCAAAUGGGUCGCCAAUUGGUCGGGAAAAACCAAUGUAAAUACUUUGGAAAAGUCACAUUUCAUGCUGUAAAUUUUAAAGGAUUUUGGAUUGCAGAGGUCUCGCCUCUACCGC